GUUUAAUUUGACAGGUCAUCUAAGGUUAUCUUUCAAUUUCAAUGUUUCACUUACUUACUACUUAACUAAUAGUAUUAUGCGCAAACUUAAAGGUAUUACAAGCAUUUAAAAAUGAAACUCACACGUAUUCUGCACACAAAAUUAACCAAAUACGAGGAAAUCAUCAAAUCAGCACAGUCGGUUCUCUCAGUCGCUCCCCAAGUAUUAAAUAAGUUCAAGGAGGAUGGUAAAAAAACUUUGCUGGUGAAAUUGGAUGAAUUAAACGGUAGGAAUCCGAUUUUGAAAGAGGGUCCGCAGAUUUUAAGCAAAUAUAAGAAAGAGAAAAAGAAGUCGUUUCUAUUGAAAUUAGUGCAAGUGAACAAGUGGUAUAUAAGAACGAUAGGGAUUGAAAAAGUGCAAGAGGCUCAAUUGAAAGUUAAUUCGAUACAAGAUGACUUAAUAGUAAUACAGACUAAUAGGAGAGAGCUUCAGAAAAAAUUGGAUGAUAUCAGGGUAAAUCGUGAUAAAAUACACGAUGAAAUGGUUAAAGUCGACAAAAACGUUAAUUUUGAGCAAUAUAUCAAUCUUAGAAACCAGGAAACAGAGAUCCUUAAAAUAAUGCAAUCUUUAACUCAGACCUACACAGAUUAUGAUAGAAAAGAAAAAGAGAUGUUUACAGCCCUAACAAGUGCUAUUAGGGAUUCAAAUGAGCAGCAAAGAUUGCAGAUGGAGUAUACUAAAUAUAUUGGGCCUGUUAUGAGUAUCAUUGCCUCCCUGUUAACAUUUAUAUACGGCACGCUAAGAAAAGAGGAGCUAAAAAAAUACGUGGAAAACAUACUAUUAGAUCUUAGGGGCCAUAUACAAACUAAAGAUCUAGAUAUGGCGCAAGCAUUUAGAAGGCAAGAGGAACAAUUGAAAUUAUUGGCAAAUCAAAAAUUUGUUCUGCCGGCUUCUGCAGAACCAAAAAUUGCAGAAGUUCCGCGGCAAUCUGAUAACAGUAGCUUUUGGAAAUAUCUUACUAUAGCUCUGGGUAUUUUGUUAUUUUUUAGGUCUUAAAAAUAUGUG